AUGUAUAAAAAUAUUUUUUUCCCUCAUGAUAACAUAAAAAAAGAAACAUAUAAAGUUUAUUAUUAUCAUACUAAUAAUUUAAUACAUGAUGAAUACAGAAUUAGUUAUAUAGAAUGUUAUAAAAAAAAAAAAAAAAAAAUAGUGACCAUACUUCAUUAUGUGUUUUGUAUCUUAUCUCUUGGAUUAUUACCUUUAAUAUUAUCCUGGUUUCCUAUUUUUUAUUUUCGAUUGUUACAUUCAGCUUGUACAUUAAAUGAAUGCGAAAAGGUUUUAAUAAUAACAAAAGAUGGAAAUAAAUAUAUAAAGAAAAUUAAAAAAAUUAAAUUUAAUCAUAAUGUAUGCUAUGUUAUGAAUGAUGUAUUCUUUUCUGAGGAUCAGUCAAUGUCUUCUAUGUAUAAUGAUAAGGAGCAAAACAAAAAUAAUUUUAAUUAUUUUUCAAGGGAUUAUACGUUUCGUGAUCAGAACAUAAUGAAUGAAAGAAAGGAUAAUAUAAAUUUAAAGGAUCAUAUAAAAUUAAGUGGUCAUAUAAAUUUAAAGGAUAAUAUAAAAUUAAGUGGUCAUAUAAAUCUUAAGGAUAAUAUAAAAUUAAGUGGUCAUAUAAAUCUUAAGGAUAAUAUAAAAUUAAGUGGUCAUAUAAAUUUUAAGGAUAAUAUAAAUUUUAAGGAUAGUAUAUAUCCAUGCGAUGAAAUACUUCAUGUUGAUAAUAUUCCCCUCCAUAAUAAUUUAAACAUUAAUUCACAUCAACCUUUUGAUGAGACGACCGAAUAUAAUAAAUCACGGCUACAAGAUAAUAAUCGUAUAACGUACAUAUUUGAAUUUUUAGAUAUUCGUUAUGUAUACAUAAAAAAAAAAAACAUUUUUGUUGAACUUUAUUUCAAUAUAAAUUAUCCUUUUAGUUAUAUGCAUCUUAUGUGUACAGGUUUAAGAAAUGAAAAAUUAAUAAACGAUCGAAAGAUAUUAUAUGGUGAAUGUAAUUUGAACAUAAAGAGUGAUUCAUUUAUUAUAUUAUUAUUUAAAGAAAUUAUGAAUCCCUUUUUUAUAUUUCAAAUAUUUGCUAUGAUAGUAUGGAGCCUAGAUAACUACAUAGAAUAUACAAUAAGUAUUUUAUUUAUAACAAGUAUAUCUAUAAUAUUAGAAUUGAAGAAUACUAUAAAAAAUCAGAAAAAAAUAAAAAAUAUGUUAAAUUAUACAUGUCCAAUAAAUGUUUAUAGAUAUAAUACUUCUUAUAUUAUUAGUUCAUCAGAGUUAGUUCCAGGAGAUAUAUACGAAAUAAAAAAUAACAUGACCAUCCCUUGUGAUACUAUAAUAUUAUCUGGCUCUGUAACCAUGUCCGAACAUAUGUUAACAGGAGAAUCUGUUCCUAUACAUAAAGAGCAGUUACCUUUUGAAGGAAAUGCUAUUAUAAAUAAAAAUAAUAAAUAUGAGAGUAACGAUGAAAAGGAUGAUUACCUUCGUAUUUAUAAUAAUCAUGCUAGUAUUAAUAUGAUCAAGCGUAAUCAUUUGAUCGAAGAAACGUUGGGGAAAAAGGAUAGGGAAUAUAAAAGUAAUACACAUGAUUUGUGUAGUAUGAACAAGUUGUGUUAUAUUAAUAACACAUAUGAUGAUGUACAUAUGAAAAAUAACAAAAUGGAUUAUAAUAAUAAUAAUAAUAAUAAAAAAAAAAAAAAAAUUAACAAUUUAAACUUUGUAAAAGGAACAUAUAUUAAUAGUAAUGAUUUAUUAUAUGACGACAAAAUAGGCGUCAACAUUUUUGAAGAUGAUGUAAAUAAUAUGAAACAUAAAUUUAAUCAAAGAAAUAUUAAUUAUUAUAAUAAAGAUACCAAUAAUUUAGAGUAUAACAAUAAGCAUAGAUAUAUAUAUGAUUGUCUUUUAAAAAAGGUAGAAGCUAUUUCACAAAAAAAUAAAAUUAUAUAUAGUAAUGAAGAUAUAAAUAAAUAUAUGUUAUAUGGAGGUACAUAUGUUUUAUCAUUAUAUAAUAUAAAUAAAAUAAAAUAUAAUAAUAAAGAAGAAAACCGAAUUCUAGGGUUAGUUAUAAAAACAGGAUUUAUUACAACAAAAGGAAAGAUAGUUAAUAAUAUAUUAUAUCAUAAAAAGAAAGAAUUGAAUUUAAUUAAUGAUUCUUAUAAAUUUUUAAUUAUAUUAAUUAUAUAUGCUUUCUUUAGUGUAUUCAUUCUUUUAUAUAUAACAUUAAGUAAUAACGAAUAUACAAAUCAUAUUAUAAUUAAAUGUUUAGAUAUUAUAACAGAUGCUAUACCCCCAGCUUUGCCCACAACUUUAACAGUGGGUAUUAGUAUAGCUAUAAGUAGACUAAAAAAGAAAUUUUCUAUAUCUUGUUUAUGUCCACAUAAAAUAAAUAUAGCAGGACAAAUAAAUACCAUGGUAUUUGAUAAAACAGGUACAUUAACAGAAAAUAAUUUACAAUUUAUUGGAAUCAUAACACAAAAUAAAAAGAAUAAAAAUAUGUUAAGUGAUUUUAUCCAUAUAAAGGAAAUGAAUACAGAAUCUUAUAUUCACUCUAAGGAUGAUAAUAUGAUACAUAAUAAGAAUUCUAUUAUAUCAGAAUAUUAUAUUAAGGAUAAUAUGAAAAAUUUACAUACAUCUUCAAAAAAAAAAAGUAUAACAAAAGAACGUUCGAAUUUUUUAGUACAAACUAUAAAAAGCUGUCUAUUAAAAGAUCAUUACAUAAAAGAAAAAAAAAAGGAAUAUUAUACAAAUAAUACGUAUUGUAAUGAUCUGCAUAUAAAUGAUAGCACAUGUUCUUCAUAUUUAUUAAACUCUGAAACGAAGGAUGCGUAUUGUGAGUAUUACAAUAUUGAUCAUUUAUGUGAUAUAAAUAAAAAGAACAUGGACAUAAAUUCGAAAAAUGAAUUGAUGGGAAAAUAUUCAAAAAAUGAAUUGAUGGGAAAAUAUUCAAAAAAUGAAUUGAUGGGCAAAACUAUAAAAAAUGAAUUGAUGGGAAAAUAUUCAAAAAAUGAAUUAAUGGGAAAAUAUUCAAAAAAUGAAUUGAUGGGAAAAUAUUCAAAAAAUGAAUUGAUGGGAAAAUAUUCAAAAAAUGAAUUGAUGGGAAAAUAUUCAAAAAAUGAAUUAAUGGGAAAAUAUUCAAAAAAUGAAUUGAUGGGCAAAACUAUAAAAAAUCAAGUUGGUGUAGAUACCAACAUUUAUCAUAUGAAUUGUGAUAAUGAUUAUAAUUAUGAUUAUCCUUGUGAUUAUAAUUGUAACAAUUGUAAUGAUACUUAUCAUAGAUUAGAAUAUCAUAAUAUAAAUAAAGAUAAUUCAUUUAAUAUACCUCCUGAAAAGAAUAAAAGUUAUAAUAAUAUAAGUGAACAUAUAAAAAUUAAUUAUCCUCUCCUUUUUGAAGCAUUAGCUUGUUGUCAUACAUUAAGUAAAGUAAACAAUAAAAUAAUGGGAGAUGUCUUAGAAAUAUUGAUGUUUAAUUUUACUAACUGUGAUAUGUUAAUAAAUAAUAAUUCUUUUAUUAUAAAAGAAAAAAAAAAAAAUUGUUCUUAUGAUUUUCAAAAAAUCGAUGGUGAUAAAAAUAUUGGUGCAAAUGAUGAGAGAUGCCAUUUGAAUAAUAAUUUGGUAUCUUAUAAUAUUUUAAAAAGAUUUGAAUUUCAAAGUAGAUUACAAAGGAUGAGUGUAAUAGUGAAAAGUACAUAUGGUAAUAAUAAUGAUGAUAAUAAUGAUGAUGAUAAUAAUAAUGAUGAUGAUAAUAAUGAUGAUAAUAAUAAUGAUGAUAAUAAUAAUGAUGACAAUAAUGAUGAUAAUAAUAAUAAUAAUUAUUAUUAUAAUAUUUUUUGUAAAGGUAGUCCAGAAAAAAUAAAAGAGUUGUGCUUAAAAAGUAAAAUACCAAAUAAUUAUGAUGAAAUAUUAAAUAAAUAUACAAAACAAGGUAUGAGAAUAUUAAGCAUAUCUUAUAAAAGAGUAAAGUCAAAAAAUAUAAACCUAUUAAAUGUUAAACGAAGUUUUGUAGAAUCUAAUUUGCAUUUUUUGGGGUUCUUAAUAUUUACAAAUAAUAUGGAAAAAAAUGCCCCUGAUAUUAUACAUAAUUUACAAACAUCCGGAUGUCAGUGCAUUAUGUCAACAGGUGAUAAUGUGUUAACAUCGAUACAUGUCGCAAAGAAAUGUGGAAUCAUUAAUUCAAAUGUAGAAUCUAUAAUUAUUGGAGAUGUAAUACCUGUUGUUGGUAAAAAUAACAAACAGAAGAAAAAGUUAGUUUGGUAUAAUCAUAAAAAUGAUACAUAUUUAAAAGGUCAUGAUAAGACAUGUAUAGAUAAUGAAUUUACAUCUAUUCAAUCACAAAUGAAUAGUGAUAAUAUAUGUGGUGAUAAUAUAUGUGGUGAUAAUAUAUGUGGUGAUAAUAUAUAUGGUGAUAAUAUAUGUGGUGAUAAUAUAUAUGGUGAUAAUAUAAAUGGUGAUAAUAUAAAUGGUGAUAAUAUAAAUGGUGAUAAUAUAUAUGGUGAUAAUAUAAAUGGUGAUAAUAUAAAUGGUGAUAAUAUAAAUACUUAUGAUAAUAUAUAUGGUGAUAAUUAUAAUUUGGAUUAUUGUCCCACAGAAUACCAUAAAUGUACAUAUAAUAAUAGUAUAUUAUAUAGGAACAACUUUUUAUACAAAAAAGAAAAUAAAAAAGAUAAAAAUUAUAAAAACAUAUCAACAUUAUAUGAGCAUAGAACCAAUGAUAUUCAAUUUGAUAAAUUAUGUGAUAUAUUAAUUAAUAAAGAUCCAAGAAACGUAAAUAUUGUUUUGACAGGAAAAGCAUUUAUAUUUUUAAAAAAAAAAUUUUAUUCAUUUCAUUUACCAUAUUAUGAAGAAUGUAAAAAUAUAGUACAUUAUAUAAUGAAAAAGAAACAUAAAAAAAUUAAAAAUAUAAUAAAUAAUCAUAAUAGUAAUUUAUAUUAUCAUUAUAAUAUCAUAGAUACAUUUGUAAAACGAAUGAAUAAGGAAUAUAUGUGCUUCAACAAAUUGUUGUAUAAAAUUCAACAAAAAUUAUUAUACAACCUAAUUCAUAAUUUAUAUAAAAAGAAAAAAUAUAUGAACAAUUAUUAUGAUAUAGAUGAAGUACAUUUAAUUGGAAAUAAUAAUAAUAAUAAUAAAAAUAAUAGUAAAGAAAAAAAAUUACCUUUGAAAAAUAAAAUGAAACAUAUAAGAAAGAAUGAAUCUAAUGAUAAUAUUACUUUUAAUACAUAUACAAGUAACAACAUAUAUUUGAGUAAAUACAAAUAUGUACAUCAUAAAAAUUAUUAUUAUCCUGAUAGUUGUACAAAUCUAAGAAAAAAAAAAAAUUCACUUUUUUAUAAUCUAAAAAAAUAUAUUUAUUAUGAAAAAAAGAAAUAUUUACAGCAUUGUUUAUUAAAACAUGAUAAUUAUAAAAAGGUAGAGUUACCAAGAAUUAAAGAUAUAAAUUAUUCUUAUCAAAUGGAAUCUAUAAAAACACGAAAUUUUAUUCAUUCCCUAAGUGAACAAUUUGCUAUUUUUUCAAAUUUAAUUCUGUCUUUUUAUAUUAUAAAAAAUGAUGACAAUAAUGUAUAUAAUAAAAAUUAUAUAUAUAAUAAAAAUUAUAUAUAUAAUAAAAAUAGUAUAUGUAAUAAAAAUUAUAUAUGUAAUAAAAAUUAUAUAUAUAAUAAAAAUAAUAUAUAUAAUAAAAAUAAUAUAUAUAAUAAAAAGAACAUUUUAACACAUGCCAAAAGUGUUUUGCUUAGUGGGUCGUCAAAAAAAUUUCUCAAGUUCUUUUCCAAUAUAAUCAGAAGACAUAAGUUGAAAGAAAAAAAGAAUAAGAAAAAUAUAAAAAGAUAUAAAAUGAAUCAUGUAAAUAAUACCUCCAAAGGACAUAUUAUAUUAAAUAUGUGUACACAUGGUUUCAAAAAGGAUUAUUCAUCAUUAAAAAAUAAAUAUAGAAUAGUUAAUAAUAAAGGGUAUAUGUUAAAAAAUGAUAAUGUUUAUGAUAGACAUAUGUAUAAUUUGACCGAUAUGUAUAGAGGUACACAAUAUGGAUGUAGUAAAAAAAAGAAUAAAAACAUUUAUAUGAACAAUAAUAAUAACAUAUUAAAAAAUAAAAUAAAUCGAUUUUUAGAACAUUUACUGGUAGAUAAAUGUAAAAGGAAUAUAUGUCAUAAAUAUACUGAUAUUAAAAAUAUAAAAUUAUCCAUAUAUGAAUAUAUAUUAAGAACGUGUACUGUAUAUGCUAGAAUGAAACCUAAGGAUAAGAGUGAUUUAAUUUUAUCUUUAAAGAAAUUACCAAAUAAUUCAUAUGUUGGAAUGUGUGGUGAUGGAGCUAAUGAUUGUUUAGCAUUAUCAUGCGCAGACAUAGGAAUAUCAUUAUGUAAUAAUAAUGAAUCAUCUAUAUGCUCUUCUUUUACAUCUAAUAAAUUAUGUCUUCAUAGUAUAGUUCAUAUAUUGAUUGAAGGUAGAGCAUCUUUAGUAAAUUCUUUUCAAUUAUUUAAAUUUAUAUCUUUAUAUUCUAUUAUGCAAUGUUCUCAGGUUCUAAUACUAUAUUCAAUUUCUAAUAAAUUAACAGAUAAUCAGUACAUCUUUAUAGAUAUUGUAACUAUACUACCUUUAUCUAUUUUUAUGUGUUGGACAUCAGCUAGCGAAAAAUUAUCAAAAAAUAUACCCAUUGGAAAAUUAUUUUCUUUUCCAAUAUUGAUAAGUAUAUAUGGUCAAAUAAUUAUUCAGUUGUUUUUUGUUAUGAUUUCUUUAGUUUUGUUAAUGAAUCUAUCAUUUUAUAAAUAUGACAAAAAUAAAGUCAUGAAGGAAAAAUCGGAUGAUACGUAUUUAUAUAAGGCACAAAAUACACUCUUAUAUAUUCUUUGCUCUUUUCAAAAUUUGUUUAUGUGUAUAUCUUUAAAUAUAAAGAAUGAGUGGAGAAAGAGUGUGUUUACAAACAUUGCCUUUAUAAUUUGGAUGUCCUUUUUACUUCUUAUGAAUACUUGUAUUACCUUUUUUUCCUCAGAAAUAUUUUUAGUAGGUUGGAUCAUCGACUUACUCAAACAGUAUCUAAGUUUAAUUACGUUUCCUUUUUAUUUUCGUAUAUUUUUAUUUUUCAUUUUGUUUUUUAAUUUCCUAUGUUCCUAUUCAUAUGAAAAGUAUAUUAUAAAAUAUUUUGAGAAAAGGGAAAUUCAAAAGAAAUAUAAUCACAAUCACAUGAGUAGUAUUUUUUGUUCGCCCCAAGAACUGGAUACUACAAAUGUUUUCGUAACUUGUAAUUAG